CAAGCGUUCUAGCACUGGCAGCGCCGGACGAGGCACCAGGCACUGGCCAGGCACCACCCCCGACCUGACGUUGGCAAUGUCAGCGGCAGCGCCCCGCCAGCAGGCCAGCCGCGACCUCGCGGAGCGACGCUGCGAGCGCACGUGCCGCCGCAACAGGUCGUGGCCGCCGGCCGCAGGCGUCGGACUUCUCCCCGAGCCCGACAAGGCCAAACUGUGUCCGUCAAGGUGCGCGUCCGAAGAGACGAUCGCCACCGAUCAGAAGUUGGUUAUCUCUUGCCCGACGACCGCAACGGACGAUACCAGCAGCUUGGAUAGCGGCCUCAAGCAGAGCGUGGACGCGUAUAGUUCCUGGGGGAGCACGACAAGCGAGGGCAGUGACUACGACCCCAGUAGCGGCGCCAGCUGCGUGGUUAAGAGUGCGAAGUGGGCGGAUUAGACGGACGAUGAGUUUGGGCCUGUCGUCGGGCGACGCGGGCAGGUGAUCGGAGGCGCUGAUGUGUUCCAGCUGAAGGCAGAUAAGUCGGAUCUGCAGGCCUGGACCAGGACCAUCUGCGAGGAGCCUGCGGUGGCGGCCCCCCCGAUGCACGCCAGGAAGCGCACCGCCCCCAGCUCGCGCCACAGAGCCGCACGGGCACCCCGGCAGUCCCAGCCGCCAACGGCCAGUCAGCAGUCGCUGACCCCGAGCAGGCGGGGGCCCAGCAGCAGCGCCGACGCUGGAGGGGAUGGUCGAGCCGAUCCCAUGUGCGCUGGAACCGACCGCAGUGCAGGUGGGCGGCCGACGAAGAUGAAGGCCGCUGGCAUCAAUUCCAAGUCUGGCGAGGUGACCGCGCUGAUGGUGCGCAACUUGCCACUCACGCUGAGUCAGCAUGGCUUCGUUCGGGAGCUCAACGUGACCGGCUUCGACGACGCCUUCGCGGCCCAGCUGGCCGAAGCGAGGGCACUCCUUGGCAUUGACGCUGACGACUCCGCCAGCGAAGCCGAGGAGCAGGACGACGACGUCGAUGCCGACGCGGCAUAUGAGGCCGCGCUGGCCGAAGCGAGAGUUCUUUUCGAGCUCGGCGACGACCUCUUCGUCUUCGCGGCCAAGCUGACCGACGACGAGCCCCACGAGGUCGCUGUCGAGAACGGCGACGGCGCCCGGAAGGUCCCCGUGAGAGUGGCGGGGGCCGACCUCGAGGAUUCCCCGAGCGAGUAUGACGAGGAGUGGGAGCAGGUGUACGCGCGCGAUUGGGCGAAGGUGGCCACCACGAGCCGCCUCCCAGCGGCGAAGGCAGCCGACCCUCCGGACCAAAGCCGGCGCGCCGCCACACGGCGUGCACAGCGGCCGCGGCGCCGGCGCCGAGCUGGCGCCCAGCCCGCGUCGCGACGGUCACGCCGGGAGAGUUUGGCGGCCGCGUUACCAGCUCUCCUGAGGCGCAUCAAGUGGCUGCCCCCUGAGCGGGGCGCCUGGCCCCCCGUUCCCUGGCGGAUCAAGGGUUUGGGCUGCGCCGAACGACGUCUCACUUCCAAGGCCGCCCCGUGCGGGGCUAAGAUCGUUUGAGAUCGACGCUUUCCAUAGGCUUCUCGUUCGACGAGCGGGUGGAUUUCCUUCUACGUGGCCCGACGCUUUGUCGAGGGCCCACUUACGCAUGGAGAACGGGGCGGCCCCCCGAUAGUUCCAUUUUCACGCAGGGUCAUCGAGGUGGACCUCGGUUUGGACCCUCUUCUAGCACCACUCCAGAGUUAGGGUGGUUUGCUAUCAGCAGGUGUGUCGGGGACGCCUUCGAUCUUUGUUACCUCCCCAGGGAAUUCUCUUCUGGGCGUUGCAAGGGAUACGCGCUCGUGAAUUAAGUUUUGGCUCAAGCG